CUCAGUCGUGUCUGUUGGGUUUACAGUGCAGGUAACCUGGCUGGCCUACGACAUGGUGGUCACACGUACCAACCCCGACCUCGCCAGCUCCAUGAGGCGCCUGGAAGGUGCCUUCCUGAGCUGCAAGGAAGAGGUGCAGAUGGAAUGGCAAGAGGCACUAGCUGAACCAAGAGGUGAAGAGCAAAAGAAGGAAUAA